AUGGGCUCCAAGUACUGUCUGUUCCGUACUCCACCACUCCAUCUCAAUGCAUCUGACCUUGAUCACAUCCCAUCAGAACAUUACCAGCUCUGUCUCAAUCGUUUGGAGUCACUAGUAGUUGAGUUCUACGUUGGAGACAAGCUCGAGUUUGAUGUAAUCAACGCACCAAAUGUCAGACACAUCAAGUUCAUAGAGACUAACGUUAUUUCAAAGACAUACUAUGCUCAUCACCUUUUGGACCAGAUCAAAGAAUACUCGAGCAUCUCUCUAACACCUCUACCAAGUUCAACUUCAAAUGGGAUCCAGAUAUAG